AUGAAUGAAAAAAGUAAAUUAAUAAAAAACUCAAAUAGUAAAUUAGCAGAUUAUUUACAUUUUGAAAUUAUAAAAAUAUUGAUAAAUUAUUUAUUAAUUUAUGAUAAAAAGAAAACUAAUGAAAUUAAUUAUAAAUAUUCAUUAAAGAAAUUUUCAAAUUAUAUUGAUGAAUUAAUAACUUAUUCAAUGGUUUCAAAUAAAUGGUUUAAUUUCAUUUCAACAACAAUAUCAAAUAAUAUAAUUAAUUAUAAUUUAUUUGAAAAUUGGUUUAAAUUAUCAACAUCAUUAUCAUCAUCAUCAUCUUUAUCAUCAUCAUCAUCAUCAUCAUCAUCAUUACCCUCUUCUUCUUCUUCUCUUUCUUGUUUAGAUCAAAAGAUUUAUUUUAAUUUUAAAAAAGUUUUAUAUAUAUAUAAAAAUAAUAAUAAUUCAGAUUAUUCAAUUAUUAAUAUUGAUACUAAAUUAAUUUAUAAUUAUUUUAAUAAUGAUAUAAUAGUUAUAAAAGCUUAUAAAACAUCUGAUAAAUCAUUAAACUCAUCCUCAAUUCAAAGAAAUUUAAAAAAUAAUAAAUUAAUAAUUAUUAAUUUGAAAUAUAAAGAUAGUGUUGAAAAAUUUUUAAAAUUAAUUGUAAAAGAUAAAAAACUUUUAAAUAUAAUUAAUUAUCAACAAAAUCAAGAAAACGAAAAUGAAAAUGAAAAUGAAAAAAAACAAAUUCAAAUUAAUAUUAAAAAAUUAACAAAUUUUAAAUUUGAAAAUAAAAAUAAAAUUAAAAAUAAAAAUCAUGAUGAAGGUUGUAGUAGUGGUGGUGAUGGUAGUGGUGGUGGUGGUAGUAAUGAUAAUUUUUGUAAAAUAAAUUUAAAUUAUUUAAGAAUUAUUGAAGAUAGAAAUUGUAUUAGUAUUUACAAUGCAAUUAAAUGUUUUAAUACAAAAAAUUUAAUUUAUGAACCAAAUGAUUUUAGAGGUACUUUAGUAAUUGAUUAUUCAAUAUUAUUUAAUCCAGAUACUAUUGGAAAUAUAGUUGAAUCUAUUAUAAUUACCAAAACUGAUCAUAUUGAACCAUUAUAUUUAAAAGAUUUAAAUAAAUUAUUAAAUUUACAUACAUUAUCAAUACCAAUAUCAUUUCAUGAAAUACAAAGAAAUAUAAAUAAUAAUAAUAAUACUAGUUCAAAUGUAAAUAAUUGUAGUUUCUCAUUAAGAUGUUUAAAAAAUAAAAAUAAUUUAAUAAAUGAUUGGGAAAUAAUGAUCAAUUCAACUAUUUCAAGUAAAUCAUUAAAGAAUUUAAAAUUUAUAAAUUUUUGUUUUAAAAUGCCAAUUUGUAAUACCACCACUAAUAAUAAUAAUAAUAAUGAAAUUUUUUAUAAUGGUUUUAAAAAAUUAUUAUCAUUUGGUUUAAUUCAAUAUUUAAAAUUGGAAGAUUUUGAUUUUAAUGAAAUUAAUAAAGAUAUCUUUUCAGUUUUAUCAAAUAAUAAAAUUUUGAAAACUUUAAUUUUAAAAAAUAAAAAUAAUAAUAAUAAUAAUAAUAAUAAUAAUAAUAAUAAUAAUAAUAAUAAUAAUAAUAAUAAUAAUAAUAAUGUUGAUGAAGAAUUAUAUUAUAAGAGUACAAUUGAAUAUUUAAUAUCAAAUAUUUUUACAUCUGAAAAUUGUGCUAUAAAACAUUUUAAAUUUUAUAAUUGUUAUCGUUAUUUAACAUCAUCAAUAUUCAAUUCAAUUAUAAAUAAUCAAAAUGAAUUAAAUUUAUAUUCAAUGACAUUUGAAGUUAUUGAUAAUAAUCAAUUUAAUCAAGUUUUAGAUAAAAUUAAAAUAAUUUUAUCAUCAUCAUUAUCAUCAUCAUCAUCGUCACCAUAUAGAGUUCCAAUAAAAGAAUUUAAUAUAAAGGUUCAACCUCAUUUCAUUUUAAAUUUUAAAGAAAAAGUUAAACAAUUCUAUUGUUGUAAUUCCAUUGAUCUAGAAUCACCUAAAAUUAUAAUAAAUAUAAGAAAGAAUAAAAAAUAA